AUGAUGAUAAUAAAAUCAAGGAAAAUAAUGAAUUAAAUGUUGAGAUUAUUGGUCCAACCAAUCUACCAAUGGAUACUAUCCUAAAAUCAAAAAGGAUCCCAGUGAAAAGAAUCAUACCUGAAGUACAAGUGCUACUUGAAUGUAUGUUUCAUAUAGGAAUAGCUAAUCUUAGACAAAUAAUAUCAGCUAAAGAGAUGCGAGAUAAGCUAUUACGUUGUGAACAUGAAGGAAAAUUAACUUGGAUGAUAUUCUUAAAGAAUCAACUAUUAGCAACUAGAUCACAACAUUACAUUUUCAUGUAA